AAUGCUACAUUGUCACCUUUUCUGUGCUUUUUACCAUAAUCUUUGCAGGACAUGCUUUACCUUACGAAUGAUUCAAGUUUUGAGUACCUACUCUUCCAUCCUUCGAGGAUUGGGUGUUGCAGUCACCUUUGUUGCCAUCGCUACGAGGUCGAGUCAUGGCUGCCACGCUACUCAUCGUGUGUCAUGGGGCAAUUUGAGGGCAGUUUCCAGGGUUUUGGGUCUAUGGGAAUGAGUUCAAUAAGUACAGGAGCAAUCCUUAUUCGAAGAUUAGGUUUAAGAUUUUCAGCCUACAGUGGUUACGAGGAUUGCAGCAAUGGCACAAUUUGUAGUUGAGAGGCGUCGCCGCUAGCGAAGGAGACCAGAACAAUGGCCAUGUGGAGGAUGACCUCGCUGCCAUGGUCGACCGUGUCGCUCAUCUCCUGGCACAGGCCCUCCUUCGCCGAGAAAGCAUCAUCAUCUGCUAGAUAUGUCCGCUUGUUCAAGCAACCAAGCACCGAGUUCACGCAGCCGACGCGGACAUCAUCGCCACAAGUAAGACAAACUUCCCCAACUCCGCAGCAUGUCUCGUUGCAACCCAUUGUAGCGUCUAAAAAAGUUUCGACGCAUGUACUGCCGGACGACAAACCCUUGAACAUCGAGACGCCCAGCGAUUCCAGUUUUCCAUGGGAUGGGGGAGAAUCUCAGCGGAGUCUCCUCCUCCUCGACGGCAACGCCAUUCUUUACCGCGCGUACUUCAAGAUUAUGGCGAAGGUCCAAUACGGGAGCCUCAAGGACAUGGGCUCAGAGGCCGACUGGGUGUUGACAGUCUUCACCGCGCUCUCCACCAUGAUUCGCUUGCUGGACACCAAGCCAACUCACGUCGCUGCUGCAUUCGAUUACAAGGGCUUGACAUUCCGCCACGAGCUAUACCCAGCUUACAAAAGCGGCAGGGCCCCAACUCCAGAUACUGUGUGCCAAGCGCUCUCGUGCUUGAAACCCGCUCUUCUCUCUCUCGGGAUCUCUGUUGUUGAAGUUGCAGGCGUCGAAGCUGACGAUGCCAUUGCAGCUUUUGCUGUACGAGCUGUCGAUGCCGGCAUGCAUGUCAGUAUUGCUUCCCCUGAUAAAGACUUCUUUCAGAUCAUCUCGCCUCGCCUUCGUCUCCUAAGAUUCGUCCCACGGGGUUCAGGGAUUGUCCCAUUUGGCGUGAAGGAAUUUCAGAAACGGUUUGGGGAUAUCCAACCCUGGCAGUACCUCGAGGUUCUGGCUCUUAUGGGCGACAAGGUAGACAACAUCCCGGGCUUGCCUGGAGUCGGAGAGGUCACAGCUUUAAAACUCGUGAAAGAGUAUGGAACAGUGGAGAAUCUUUUGGAGAAUCGAGACAAGGUGAAGCUCAAGCGUCCGAGAGAGAGCUUGAUGGCAGAUGACGGCGGCAUUCUCAUGAGCAAGAAAUUGCUCUCUCUGAGGCUGGAUUUACCCAACCACAUGCUACCUUACAGUCUAGGUGAUCUUCGGUGUCAGAGUCCGAAGGAUAAUGGCGACCAGUUCAUCAAGCUCAUAAAAGCGAUGUCGGCGUAUGUGGAUCCCUCCAUCUCAGAGGAGCUUCUUGAUCGUGCGUCUCAGCUCUGGGAGAAAUGGAAUUCAUUGAAUAGCAUUCUGUAGAGUAGACAUGGCACUAGUUGUUUUGGUUUUCUACUGCGACUGAGCUCCGAGGCAUUGUUGUUCUCAUUGAGUGCUCCAGACCUUCGUCAUUCGAGUAAUUUGAAUAGGUUGCGUUGGAGGCAAGGGUCACAGUUUUGCAGCGUAAAAAACAUUCAUGGAUUUUGCAACGUGGAACUUUUAUUCGAGAUUGCAAAAUUCAAGUGUUGCAAGUUCGCAAGAACUAGGGGCGGAAGAUCUUGUUACUUUAAGAUACAUGAUCACUUACAUUUUGACGUUGAUGAUGUGAACAAUCGUGCCAUCCUCUAUGUAUUAGAGUUGAACAGUAAAGUGUGGCCAACCUUACCUCCAAUUAAGGAGAAUUGUAGUUAGCACCUUUUAUUGUUUUCAAGGUGGAGGCCAGUAGAGUAUUUGUUAUCAUGAUCACCAUGGCCAAGUUGCUAUGAUUAAACUAUAUCUUUAGUUUGUCAUUUUGAACAAACCAAAAUGGGCUUUAUAGGUUUGAGUUACCAUUUGAUUUUACUGUAAUCACAAACUGUUCACUCCGAACGGUUUGUUACGUAGGUAGAGACAUUUAUUGUAUGUUCAAUUACAAAAAAAAGUAGAGAAAGGAUUAAACAUCCGUCAAUCACUACCA